AUGGAAGAGUCAAUUGAAGACGUUGACGAGCGUCGAUUGAAUCGCGUCGCUUAUGAAUACCUGUGUCGAUGCGCAGAAGUCCGUGUUUGGCUGUCGGAAUGCCUCAACGACUCGAAUAUUGUGCCUGCCGGAGAACUUGAGGAAAAUAUGCGGAAUGGCGUUUUAUUGGCGCGACUCGCCCAUUCAUUCGCGCCUGAUGUCGUCCCAGAAAAGGGCAUUUUCGAUAUUAAUCAGGAAAAGUAUGCACAGAAUGAGAAUGUGCCCGUCUAUCGUCACACAGACAACAUAAUGCAAUGGCGUCGAGCAAUGGAGAGUGUCAAUUUGCCGGAGAUUUUCAUUCCCGAAACUGCUGAUGUGUUUGAAGGCCGCAAUACGAAGACGAUCUUCUGUUUGUAUGCUCUCGCCACUUUAUUGCACCGUCAGCGAAAAGCGCCGCCUAUUCGAAAUCUGGCCGGACAAGCGAAAUUCACCUCGAAUGAGCUCAAUGAGAUGAAGGAGAAUCUGAAGGACUCGAAGUUGCCCGAAUUCGGAGAUGUUGGGCAUUUGUUGUCUGAUCGAAAACAAGAUAAUGCCGAUGCUCACUCGAUGGAAUUGAUCAUGAAGGCGGUUCAAGAGAAUGAUCUCACCCUUCUCAUUGAUUCACUCAAAUCUUGUGGUAUCGAUUAUGUUGAAGAGAAGCUGGCCAAAAAAUACAUGGAAGCGCUGAAAAAAGAAAAUUCCGAAAUUUAUGUGAAAAUUUUUGUUCAGAAUAUUAUUAAUGAUACGAAUAAUACGAGCGCUUUGUCGGAACUUGUUGAAAUACUCAACUCGUCGGACCCUCGCUGCCACGAAGCGAUUCUUGCUGUCCUCGAUCUUCUCCAAUUCGAAGAUGUCCGACCAACGGCCAUCAAUUUGUACAUUGAUCUUCUUCGUAGGUAUCAAGCUGAAAAUGACGGCUUAAUGGAGAAGAAUGGCAUUUGUGAAGUUAUCAAUCAAGCGAAUGCACUUGUUGAAGUGAAGAUAGCGGUUGAACAUGGCUCAUCUGAAGAUGUGUUUCAUGCGCUUUGCAAUCCACAUCUUUCAUUGAUUCCGAACAAGUCGAAUGCGAAACUUUAUUAUAAUCGAAUUAAAUCUGCCUACGAAGAAGUGAAUGAUGAUAAUUAUUUUUUGGAUCGUAGAAGUCUUGAAGAGAUUGUUGAAGAAUUCGGAGAUAUUUCAGCGGAUAAGAGACAAGUUUUGGAAUUGAAUGAAUCGAUUUCGAGAGAUGAUCGAGAAGGAAUUGAGCACAUUUUGAGCUAUGACGUUUUUGCUGAUAUCUAUGUUGAGCAGAAUAUCGAAUAUUAUGUGAAACGGCUGAAACUCAAAAAGCCUGAGACUGUCAGUGAAGUGAGAAAUUCGAUGCAGGCAGUUAAUGAGGAAAUUCAAAAAGGUUUCGCCGAACUUGAAAAUGUAAUCCUUCUCAACAACGCGAUGAUUUCUGGUGACGAAACGAGGAUCCGAAAUGCGCUCGAAUCGAUUGUUUCGUUGAAUCGUUCAGCAAAUUAUCGAAAAGAACUUUCGCAGUGGUACACACGACGAUUGCUCACUGCUCCCGAGGAGAAAAAACCCAUCGAGGGAAGCGAGAAGUGGUUGGACCAUGAAUGUCACGCUGGAAAUGUGUACAUGGAGACGACCAAAUUAACGAAAAGCACAAAACCGAAGACGCCGAUCGACUCGGGAAUGUACAAAUGGGACGAGAUCUCCAAGUUGAUGGACGAAGAAAACGCGAAUUUCGAUGAAUAUUAUCGAAAGAAUGAGCCGAAAGUGCUCAAAUCACAAGCUGCUCUUCGAAAAUUCAUUGAAAAGAAGAGGCAAUUGAAGGAAGAAAUCGAGAGAAGUGAGAAGGAACAAGCGGCGAAGAAGAUUCAGACACAUUACAAGUCAUACAGAAUAAAAAAGGAUCUCGAAUUGCUCAAAAACUCGACAGUGCCGACGCUCGCUCUUGUUCGAAAAUUCGUCAAGCAAUUGCCACGAAAUGAAGUCGAUUUUACUGAUGACAUUGAUGUUGCAAAUGCAAAAGUUGAAGUGAUUCGCUUGAUGAACAGCAAUCGACAAUUGGAUGCAGAUCUUGCCGAAUUGGAUGAGAAAAUCGGUCUUUUGAUCAAAAAUAGAUUGAAUUUAUCGGACGUGAUCGCACAUCGCGAGAAGACUGCAGAAGCUGCCGACUCGUUUUCGGUUCGCGGAGUUUCGUUGAGAAAACAGAAAGAUCGCCAAAAUCAAGCAACUGUCGAACAAUUAUUGUAUUAUUUGCAAACGAAUACAAAAUAUUUGGCGAAUUUAAUUGAUGGAUCGGAUGAAGUUGUUCUUCCAAGAAAAGAUUUGAUAGCGAAUGUGAUUUGCCCGAUUUUCGGAUUUCUCAGUGAUAAUCGAGAGCAGUUUUUGAUGAUUCGUUUACUAUGUGAGCUUCUGGGGCGUCAAAUCGAACGAAUGAAGAAGAUUGAAGACUUUCCAACAAGCGAUUGUUUUUCAAUGAUGACGCAGUUCUUCACACAAGGACAAUUCGAUAAUAUUCUUGCGGAUCCUUGCCAAGCUGCUUCUGAAGUGUUCACGGCUUUUUCAGUGGAAGAAUCUCGCGUCAAAACAUUCCAUUUGGAACCCAUCACGCUAUACGAAUCAAUUUAUGGACGAACAAUUGAAACGGCUGAGAAAGCUCUUCAGGAUGAAGCCGUUUCGCAGAUUCUGAGCGAUUCGCUUUCGUUUUUGGCGAAAUGGAGUGAGGAAAUCACUGAGGAAUUGUUCAACAAAUUCACAUUACCAAAAAGUGCCAUCUUUUUGACAUCAUACUUGGAAAACGCGCUCCGUCAUCAAUUCCCAUCGGCGGCAACCAACCAGAUCAAUCACUACUGCGCGAUUUUCGCAUUCAAAGUGUUUUUGUCGAAGAGUUUGGUCUCGCAGCGAAGUUUGUUCCGGGUUCUCGGCAAGCAAAUGGGCGAUGAUGCGAUGCAUCGACUCGAAUGUAUCACACGGUUCUUGGAAUUUGCAGUUGAGAACAAGGGUUACGGUAAUGAUAAAUGGUAUUUGACGGCUCUGAACAAGCAAAUUCACAGUAUUAAUCAGAAGUUUUUGGCUUAUAUGAUUCGAUCCAUGCGCAAUGUUUCACUUGAUGAGAUUUAUUCGAUGAACGAGUUCACUCAAUUUGAUCCGUUCCAAAAACCAACACUUUCUCUUAUGGAUCGAGAUAUUCAGACGGUUUUGGAUUGUUUGAAGAAGCAUCAGAACUUGAUUGAGACCGACAAGGAGGAUCUCGUUCUGCAGUUGAUUUGUUGUUCUAGUGUUCCGCAAACAUUGGAUGGCGAUCGAAUGAUCACACUGCAUCUUCAUCCGUCGCCGAAUGAGCAGAUUGCUGAUGGAGAAGCGCCGCAAUUGUUCGCUAGAGCCAAGAAGCUCGUCGUCGAGCUUCUGUUGUGCGAACUCGCCGGCCAGAAUGUGUCAGAGCUUCUCGAAACUGUGCCGACAUCGUCGAAUGAGAAAAAUCUUAAGGUGGAAUCGAUUAAAAAGAAACAGGAAAGCCUGAAAUUGGAUCUAAAAAGUCUCGAAGCAAACGGGAAGACAUCAAAAGACGAUGAUUAUCAGUCGAUCGUCACUGAUAUUGCGAACGAUAUUCGAUUGCAUGCCAGACGACAGAGAGAACGCGCCGAACAGAAGAGAAGUGUUGCUGAGACGAAGAGGAAAUUGGUUGAGCAGCGAGAAGAGCUCAAAGAGAAAAUGGCGCGUUACGAGGAAUACCUGAACACGUGUCUUGAGAAUCUGUCGCGGACAAGUCGACGACUCUCAUUUCGGCCGAACACGAAGGAAGCGGGAAAAAUUCAAAAGGAGCGAGCUUCACUCGAUCAGAUCAAAUCGUAUAAAUCGUCGGCAGAGAAGCUUUUCAAAAAAGGCGUUUUGGUUGAUGUGAUUGAUUACCAGUCGCCGAAGAAAUUGACGAAAUUGUCGCUGGAAAUUGCGUCGACGAACGAGAAGGGCGUAUUCGCGAUAAUGCUGUAUGAAGCGGGAAAAAUUGCCGAUCAAGCGACACUUCAUUUCCAGGAUCUUCUGAAAUCGGAUUCGGUGGAAGAGACGAAAUUUAUGCUUGAGGACAAAAUCGUGUUCGACGUACCGAAAACCAUUCAAUAUAUCAACAAAAAGUUUUAUAAUAAUUGCGACACGUCACACGACGCUUCGUCGCUGUUGCCGCCGACGCCGACGCCUAAUUCGAUGUCACCACAACUGUAUUCGAAUAUGACCGCCUUACCACGUUUUCUUGUUCUUCUCGCUUUUAUUUCUUCGAUUUGUGCUGCUGCGGACAAUUCCACAAUAGCAGCUAAUGUUUCGACAAUAAGCUCGAGCAGCUCGACGAGCAUCAGCGUCACAUUGUCGCCCUCUACUACUCGAAUCCCCAUGUCGCGCUCACAAAUAGCAGCUCAACCAGCUGCUGAUGCUCCGAUAGUCGCGGCUUCUUCUGAGCCGGACCUCAAAUUGCACGGAAUCACUGAGCAAAACCUCAACAUGAAAUACUACAACUUCAUCUGUUCGUCUCAUUUUCAUUUGGACUGCAAGAUAACCGAGACACUUCAAAUCUGCAUGAAAGGCAAUCACGUGGCCGUUCUCGGAAUGCCAUUGACAUUCGACAAAAACUCCGACGACACCUCAUUCUUGUCGAAAUGGAUUCGCAAAUGCGACGGCAACGACCAGGAGAUGAAUCAGAAGGCCAUGAAAAUCAUCCGCAAUCGAAUUCAUUACCAAAACGAGAAUAAUUGGUCAAAUGUAUUCAACGCGGGUGCUGCUCCGCAAUUAUUUUCCCUUCUCAUUUUCUCAAUUUUUGUAAUUUGA